AUGAUUGCCAACCCCUCCCUUCAACACCAUCACUCACACGACUCUUCCUCUUCUUAUCGAUCCGCCAGCCGAUCACGACGCUCCACUACCCCGCGAGCGCAGCGUACAGCAGAACUCGCCGACUUCAGCGGCAACCACAGCUCUGCGACGUGGUCGCACGCGCCUGCAUCUGCAUCGGCUUCAGAGUCAACUUCUACUCCAGUGCCUGCGGGUCACGAAACCGCCCACGUGUCGGCCACUGGCGGAGCCUCGCGCUUCCCCUCCCCGCCUCCGUCCUCAUCGCCCGCUGCUGCCACCGGCCCUGCUUAUGCCGAUGAUGCAAAGAGUCCGUCUAUGGCAUCUGACGCGAGGGACUCUGGUCCCCUAGGUCAAGCUUCCCAGCCCGGCCCAACUUCUCACAACUCUUCUACUCAACAGCCAUCUCCUGCAUCCGACGAUUUCCAAAUACCCAACCCGUCUUUUCCUCCCUCCAGCGCAUCGUCGCAAACGCCAACACAGACUGUCAUACACAUUCGUGACCUAGCGCAUAUUCAGAGUCUGGCCAGUGCCGACCUGCUAUCUGGCAAUGGCGGAUCCGGCAUACUCAAUGACCCGCCUCUUCAGCAGAUGAAGUAUGAGAUUAGUGGUAUGCCCAUAGGGGAUAUCAUCGAGAUGGUUGCUGCGUUACUAACAAAGAUCACGACCACCAACGAUUUGCAGCACGAUGCAAUGCAGCGCAAUGUUGCUCAUCAACAACAGGCCAACCAGUCCGGGGACACUAGUGGCAACUCGAUCUCAUCGUUGAACCAUUCAGUUCUCGCGUUUCACGGCAAGAAUGUCCCUGCUAUCACCAUUCUCAGCUACCUCUCGAGAAUACACAAGUACUGCCCCACUACCUACGAGGUUUUCCUCAGUUUGCUGGUAUACUUCGAUCGUAUGACCGAACGUGUCAAUGAUAUGGUCACGAGGAAUGAAGAGAACCGGCGGCAAACGCGGCCCCAGCAACCAAAUGCAACUUCUCCUCAAGACACCCCUAUGCGCGGUGAGGGCAUGGAUGUGGACGAGAGUGACUCGGACCUGGCAGAUGACGACGAUGAGGAAAUGGCUGACUCAACUCGACCAAGCCGGACAAGCAGCCAUAGGGGAGCUGCCACCCCUACUGAAUACAGUGGCAUUGCAGCGGCGACAUACUUUGUUGUCGACAGUUUCAAUAUACACCGUCUCAUCAUCUCUGGUGUGACGUGUGCAAGCAAGUUCUUCUCAGAUGUUUUCUACACCAACUCAAGAUAUGCCAAGGUUGGUGGUCUGCCUUUGGUUGAACUAAACCACCUCGAGCUCCAAUUCUUGCUCCUCAACGAUUUUCGAUUAGCCGUUCCAGUGGAAGAUCUGGAAGCGUAUGCGACUAUGCUUGUCGAAUUUUAUGCACGAGAAGUAGUUGCCAAGAAGGGGGGAACUGGAAACACUGAGUGA